AUGUCCUCUACCAAUGCCUUUCAUCUGCAUAAUAACACCAACAUUGCCCAGUUGGCACGGGAAUUCAGCGUUCCAUACCGGAGGCAUCGCGCCCGUAUUCACGGGCGGGGAAGUAAAACCACUGCUGCCAGCCUAAAAAAGACAUUAAACCUAAUUCAGGAGAGAGCAUUGAAAACCCGGAUCGAUACCCUACACAUUGGCAAUAUGGGUAUAUACCCUCCUCUUAUUGAAAUACUGGUGGUCAAAAAGAGUCUGUUAGUAGCAUUCAAUAUAUAUCCGCCGAUGGUUGCGUAUGAAAAUAUUACUACCCCCGAUUUCCGGAUCAUACCUAAAGUUUAA